AUGCCUCGUGCCAACGAAUCUACCUCCAAGAUCUUCUACAAGGGUCGCUCCGACGACUUCAUCGUCUUCGUCGACGACCUUGACAUCCUGCACAAGUGGAGGAAGGACCGCAGCAUCCCAUUGAGCGAUGUUUUGAACGGGUGGAAGAUCUUCGUUACUCAUUCCCACGGAGCACAAGGUGUGCUGGACAGUGCCAGCAACGCGAGUCUGCAGAAUGAGUUCGGGACCUCUAAUGAGGACGAGUGCAUGGUGAAGAUCCUGGAAGGUGGCGAGUACCAGGCUUCCACGACACGCGAGCGCGAAGGUUCCAAGAAUGACUCCAAGGGCGCUAUGGGCGUCUCCCGCUAA